AACACAACGCGUCGGAAUCACCCAUCAUCACGCAACCGUCCACCCCGCGUCGUCUCCGACGCCGCUGCCGCCCCCCAAACCCUACACCCGCCCGCCAUGGCGGACCCGUCAUCCGCCGCCGCCGCCGCCGCAUCGAAGGCGUCCGGCCAGUUUGCAGCCUCUGUCUCCAGCCCGCAGAACCCCAACCCCCAAAUCCCUCCGUCCCCUUCCGCGCAGGUCGACCCGGCCGCGGCUGCUGCAGGAGGCAGAUCCAUGGACCCCGGGCCGCAGCUGCAGGCGCCUUCGCCCGCGCAGGCGGCUGAUGGCGUGGGGCGCUUCGGCGGGAUCCACCGCUCUGGCCCGGCCUCCCGCGGCCCCGCCGUCGUCGGCCAGCUUCCACGGUACGCGGCAGCGGCCGGGAUGAGCUUCCCGGCCGCCGGAGCUCAGGUGAGUCAGCAGCUAUCUCCGAUCGCGGCCAUGCUUGGGCAGGGGCAGCCGAGGAUGCUGCAAGGGCAGGGCAGCGCGGCACACUACGGGCUCCAGGGGCUCCAGUUCCAGUCACCGAUGAUGGCGCAGCCAAGCCAGAGGGGCACAGUACAAGGCGCACAAUUCAGUACUGCGAAUGCAGCUCAAGGCGGCCAAUCCAUGGGAGGAGGAGUCAUGGCUAUGGGUACUUCUGGGUUGAACCAGAUGAGACCAAAUGGAAUAUCAUCCCCAUAUGGUGCUCAGCAACGUUUUGCCCCUGGACAAAUGAGGCCACAGCAACUAUCUGGAUCACCCCAAAUUGGGCAUACUAUGCAAAUGUCGCCAAUGCAACAGCAGCAGCAGCAGCAAUGGCCGAAACAGAUGCAAUCGACCACCGCCUCACCUGCUCCUUCGCAUAAAUUUCAGCAGGAACAGAUGAUGUUACUGAUACACCAACUUCGGCAGAGAGGAUUGAAUGACCAACAGAUUGCGCACACGAUAAAACAGAUUCCGCGUGUGAAUGCUCAACAGCUGAACCAGCAGCAACUUCGACAGCAGCAACAAUCUCCUAGGAUGCCGCCAUCUGCCUCCCAGAAUCCUGCGGGCUUGGCAGGAUUGCAGCCCGUGGCAGGAUUGCAGCCUGGGGUUGCACCUUUGUCAGGCGGAGCCGUGGCCGGUGUAAGCACAAGUCGUCCAGUAGCUCCAGGAACUAGCCAGCUUCUUGGGAAGAGGAAGAUACAAGAUUUGGUUGCGCAGCUGGAUCCCCUCGGCAAGGUUGAUCCAGAAGUGGAGGAUCUAAUGCUGGAGAUCGCCGACGACUUCAUUACCUCGGCAACGGCAUUCGCCUGCAAGCUUGCAAAGCAUAGGAAAUCGUCGGUUGUGGAAGCCAAGGACAUGCUGCUGCACCUGGAGAAGCAUUGGCACCUGUCUGUCCCUGGAUUCUCGCAGAAGAGGAUGUGAAUCUGGAGACAAAUUCUAUGAAGGCAUUGGUUGAAAGUGAGUUUUACUUAGAAAAAGGUUUGAAUCAUAUUAGAGAUAGAUAUAGAUCCUUGUAAAUGGAAAAAGAACAUAUAGUACCAUCAUAGCUAGGCAUCUGGGAAUGAAGUGCUGUUAUUGAUAGACCAUCAACCUGUUUAGUUCUUGCACAUCAUAGUAGGUAGAUGGAGCUACAGAAGUGUAUAAUCAUGUCCUUGUUGAUCAUCAUGUACCUGCUGCGAACUUUUUAUUAGUAGGAUAGCUACAGUUUUUGCUAUUUUCUAGCUAGUUGGUCUGUAAUUUGUCAAAACCCAGAUGUUUAAGCCGUCAUCAUGAUGGUUUGUUAUUAUUGUUGGUCCGCUUGUUUGGGAGUCUUAAAAGACAUAAGACAACCGAGUGGAUAGAAGUAGAGCGAUAUGAGUAGCAUGUAUAAGGCUCUCUUCUUUCGUGGGUCAUUGGAUGUACUGUGAGCCCGAUAUACAAGCAUUUUUGGUUU